AUGGCGCUGGCGGCGGGGAGGCGGCGGCAGGACCUGGACAACGGUUCCUUGGAAGUAACACAGAGUUUGGAAGAUGAUCCUCUGCUGGAUACACCACUUAUUUCGUCUCAUACAUUGCAUUCCCAACUGAGGCCAAGAUUUCAUGCUAUCCCAGCAGUUCUCCUUGCCAAUUUUCUGUUGCUAAUACAUGUUGCUUUUGUUGUUCUAGCAUUUUUAGCAGCUAUGUUUUGUUCUUACCCCAAUCCAAAUCAGGAUAAGUGCCCUGGAAACUAUACUCACCCACUUAAAGUGCAGACUGUCAUAAUCAUUGCAAAAGUAGUUCUGUGGAUUCUGCAUGUUUUUUUUGAACGAUACAUCCAGCACCACCACAGUAAAGUCAGAAGCAGAGGUUAUUUCUCAAUAUACCGAUCAACAAGACAUCUAAAAAGGCUUCCACUGCUGAUACACUCCACAGGUAAUGCAGCCCUGCUUUUGAUUCUGUCAGUGCAGCAUUCCUUUCCUGAUCGCAGUAAAGUGUACCUGUAUCUUAUCCUGGGAGUCCUGGGCCUGGAGCUGAUUAGCUCCCUGACAUGCUUAGUGAUUUACACAGUGAAAAUAAGCAACUUCAAUCGUGCGAAGCCAAGACCUGACAUAAUUGAAGAAGAAAAGAUGUAUGCCUACCCUAGUCACAUUACCUCAGAAAUUGGAUUCAGGGAAAAUUCAAGUUUAGAAGAGAUAGUUGAGAAGCAAGGAGAUGUAAUAGAGUAUCUUCAGCGACACAAUGCACUGCUCAGCAAGAGACUAUUGGCACUAACAUCUCAGCAAAUCAAAACUUAACAGUAUUUGGAAAACUGCUGCUGGAGCUCUGGAGGGAACAUGAGGUAAUGUAAUAUCCAGACUGAUUUGUACAGAUGACUCUUCUUCAAUCAUCUUUCACAUUUUGAAAUAGAAGUUAAGCUGGAAAGAUGAGCUCUGCAUACACUAUAAACCUAGUACAACUGGACACUCCGUCUCUCUUCAAAUCAUCAGUUCUGAAAAGUUCUGGAGCUUCAAGGAUUUUUAAUUCCUAAUAGGUUAAAGUUGGACCGGAGGUAAUGGUUUAACUUUGUUCAGUGGUUGCUAUUAUUUUGUACUGCUGUAACCUUUAAGCUUCAAACUACCAAAGCAUUUUAUGUUUCUAGAAUACAAACUUUUUCUCUCGAAAAAUCUGACUUUGCAAAGGAUGUCUUUUCAGUUUCUGGUGCUGAAGCUGAGACUAGAUGUGUUCUGUCACUGAGUCCUGUUACUUCCAGUGUUAGAGGUGGUGUACUUCAAUAAUCCUGUACAAAGUAGAUAUUGCUUUCUAGAUCAGUCUCCUUUUCUCCUUUGUCAAGAAAAGGAAUGAAACUGUUGGCUGUGCCAGUGGAGAAAUUUGAUAUCCAAUUUAGGAUUUAAAAAAAAGCGGUGGGUGCCCUAGAAUGGCAAAUCUCACAUAAGUGUGUGGUACAAAACAAUGUCAUAAGCGAUUUGAGCAGUUGUUCAGAAUUCUGGCUUUAAAAUCUGUAAGAGGGAUCUUCAGGGCUGAUGACUUUCCCAUUACUAGGAGUCUGUGUCAGCUAAUAAUCGAAGAUUCCUACUCUGCCAACUGAACUAACUUAAUACAAAAAUACUUGAGUAAGCUUUUUUGUUGACCUAGUAACUAACUUGUGUUGAAUGGGUUUAAAGAUCCUGUUAAAGAUGCAUCAGUUACAUGCAUCCUUUCUCUUUACUUUGACUCUUCAAAAAAAAAAGUCAGCUUCAUGAUUCAAAAGUUAAAGUUGUGUAUGUGGGGAGGUGAAAAGCAGCAGAAGACAGAAAGGACUUCUAGAAGUUAGAGAAACAAGAAUUUUUUUGCUGUAUUUCAUGAAUUUAUUGGGAAGGCUGGUGAAAAACGUUCUGUUCUGGGUACUACUUUGUCUACCAACAUAGACCAAGAAUUAUUUUAGAAGCAAAUACCUCUGUGGGGACAGGGUAAUCGCUAGUCAAAACUGGGAAGAAGGCUCUCAUGAGGAGUGGUCUUGUAGUUGAAUAUAAGAAAAACAAAAGAAAAUGAAUCCAUCCUACUUUGGUCCUAGAAAUAACUAAACUGUUUAGUGUGCAACAAACAUGGGGGUUAUCUCAUUUAAAGGAAAACAAUAAAUAUUGAAGGUCUUGCUGCUAUCCAACACUAGACUGUUCUCCUUAACUGUUGUUUCUUGAAAAUGCAGGCAGGAUUUUAUAGUAUACAUGUAAGGAAUACAAAUGUUUUUGGUUUUAGAACUCAGGUUUUGAUGUGAUUAUGUAUAUCAAUUUAUAUAAUUUCUAUGAAAAGCAGUAAAAUGUGACUGUGAAGUUCAUGCACAAUAAAUGCAACUAAG